AUGUUCGGCCCCCAGGUUGUCCAGCACGUCGUGAUUACGAGCAACUUCUUCGCGGCUCUGAGCUUUCUCGUGGUCGCUCUUCGCCUGUACACGCGGAGCCACAUCGUCCGGCUUGUGAGCGUUGAGGACUACUUGAUUGUUGUUUCCUUGGCUGCUUCCAUUGGCUUUCUUACCGUCGAGAUGCUUCAGGUCAGGUACGGCCUCGGCCAGCACAUCGGCGACGUUCCCGAGGAGCACCUCGUCAAGUUCUUCCAGGUAGGCCCAUGUCCCGAUGUCGCCAACGCACCGACCGCACCAGGACCAGUACUGACGCCGGCGGCCUCGCAGUGCCUCUGGGCGACGAUCCCCGUCUACAAUCUGUCGUUGAUUUUCAGCAAGCUGUCCAUCAUCUUCCAGUACAAGCACGUGUUCGCUGUGGCCAUUGUCCAGCGGAUCUGCUUCUUUUUCCUCAUCUUCCUGGGCAUCUACGGCUGCUGGGCCUUUUUCGGCUCGGUCUUUAUGUGCGUUCCCGUCCAGUACUUCUGGGGCGUGGGUGAAGGCCACUGCCUCAACAAGCUCGCCUUCUGGUUCUCCAACGCCUCGAUCAACAUUGCUACCGACAUUGCCAUUAUUCUUCUCCCCAUGCCCUUGAUCAAGGGCCUUCAGAUUCCCAAGCGCCAGAAGAUCAUUCUCAUGGUCAUCUUCGCCUUUGGCACAGUUGUUUGCAUCACAUCCAUUAUUCGUCUCCGCUCUCUCUUGUCCAUCUCGGUCUCUCCAGACACGACAUUUGCCGGUGUCGAUAUCGCCAUGUGGAGCAACAUCGAGAUCAAUGUCGCCAUCAUCUGCGCGUCUGCGCCAGCCCUCAAGCCGUUCGUGUCCCGGAUCGCACCCAAGCUGCUCGGAUCCUCUGGCAACAGCGGCAACAGAAGCCGAGGCACCGGCUAUGCCCCCAACAGCCAGCGUGGCGAUGCUUUCGGCAUGAAUUCCUUCAACCGCAAGGCCACGGCGUCCGGCACCGGCCGCAACCCGUCGGGCAGCAACGACCGCGAUAUCUACGUACAGCACACGUUUGAGAUUCUCGACGAUGGGGAUGGGAAGACGAGCCGUGAAGGCAGUGAACGAAACCUUGUGCGUGGCAAGGAUGUAUGA